AUGAAUGUUGCAAAGUAUCCCGUUGGAAUUGAAUCUCAUGUUGGAGAUGUACUUCAUUUACUACAAAUCCAAACAAAUGAUGAUGUUCAAAUGAUGGAAAUUUUUGGUAUGGGUGGUGUUGGAAAAUCAACCAUUACUAAAGCCAUAUACAAUCACUUGAUCUUGAGCUUUCAAGGGUUUGAAGGUAGUUGCUUUGUUGCAAAUAUUAGACAAGAAGUUUCUAAUAAGGGACACAAUGGUCUAGUUGGUUUACAAGAGAAAAUUCUUCACAAAAUACUCAAGAGAAAGAAAUUUGAAAUUGAUAAUGUUGAUGAAGGAAUAAGUUUGAUCAAUGCAAGGCUGCAAUCCAAGAGGGUUCUUAUUGUUCUUGAUGAUGUAGACCACAUAAGUCAAUUACAAUCAUUAGCAGGUCAGCGAAAUUGGUUUGGUUUAGAUACUACAAUUAUAAUAACAACUAGAGAUGUUCACUUGUUGAGUGAGCUUGGAACACAAGAGAAGUACAUGGUUAAAACAUUAAGCAUUGAUGAUUCUUUGCAACUAUUAAGUUGGCAUGUUGUUGGUGUUCCUAUAGCAUUAAAAGAGUAUACUGAACUAUCCAAAAUGAUAGCAAGUUAUACUGGGGGACUUCCAUUAGCACUUACAAUUGUAGGUUCUCAUUUGCGUGGAAGAUCUGUGCAAGAGUGGAUCGAAGAUGUUGAGAAAUUAAGAAGCAAUCUUCAUGACGAUAUUCAAAAAAUUCUUAAAAUAAGCUAUGAUGCACUUGAUGAUGAUACUAAGAACAUCUUUCUUGAUAUUGCUUGUUUUUUUGUUGGGCAUGGCAAAAAGGGCACUGCUAUGAUAUUGGAAGCUUGUGGUUUUUAUGCUGAAAGUGGAAUUAAAAUCUUGAUAGAAAGAUGCUUGUUAACAAUAGAUGGGGGUAGAGAAUUUGGGCGUCUUGAGAUGCAUGAUUUGGUACAAAAUAUGGGAAGAGAAAUUGUUCGAAAGGAAUUUCCUAGAGAACCUAGCAAACGAAGUAGAUUGGUGGAUCCAAAGGAUGUAUUUGAUGUUCUUCAAAGCAACAAGCAUUUGGUAUGCUUGAGGACCUUAAAGUUCGAUGGUUGUACACAACUUAAGAGUACACCAAACUUUACUGGGGCACAGAGUCUUCAGACAAUAUCCUUCAGUGCUUGUUCAAAUUUGGCGAAUGUGCAUCCAUCAAUUGGAAGUUUGGAGAGGCUUGUUAGGUUAGAUUUUUGGAAGUGCAAGAAAUUGAAGGAGUUCCGUCCUUUAAGCCAGGGAAGCGCUCUUCGGGCAGAGGUCCAAUUUAUCUGCUUAAAAUUAUAUGGUUGCAAGAAUUUGAGGGAGCUUCCAAUUGACAUUGGAAAAUUAGAGCAACUAAGAAGAUUAGAUGUUGUAGAAACUGGUAUCUCACAUUUACCCUUUUCUUUGGGAAGUUUGAGAAAUCUAGAGUCCCUGGACCUGGGAGAGCCUGUGGGCUCAGUAGCUGUUGAUUUUUUCCCAUCGUCAACUGCGAAUUUGUGCUCAUUGGAAAGUCUAAGUGUGAGUUUCAACAAGUUGCAGCAAGUAAAUCUUCCAAUUGCUAUUGGGAGUUUGACCUCAUUGACAUUUUUAAAGUUAUCAGGAAUUUGCUAUCAAAGCCUAUCGUUGGACUUUUCUCAUCCCUAA